CGUCCCUCCUCCCCCGGCCUCCCCCCGCCCCUGAGUCACCCAGCUGCGCUCUGGCUCUGGCUCCGCUGGCCGAGCGACGGCGGCUGGCGGCGUCUUCGGCCCAGGCCAGGUCCAGGUCCGGCUCGGCUCCAUCUUGGGCGGCUGCGCCGGGCACCUGUGGCGGCCACAGGAGCAGCGCUUCCGCCGGCCUCCGCGGCCCCGGGCGGGCAAAAGGAAUGGAGAAGAUGACUUAUCUCCUGAGAUUGCUCUUCUAUUACAUGAGACAGUGCUGGAAAGGAGACGGCACAUGCCUGACACAUGGCACCAUCUCUUUCCUCUCUCUUCGGGUCCAACCUGCAGGUCUGGAGGAGUCUGUAUAGCUAGAGAAAGGGACAAGAAUGGCUGGAAGGGAGCCAGGGCAAGAGAGGACAUGUGUCUGAUUGGUGGUUACAGGCAGCCAUGAGAUCCAGCCGUCCUGAGCCGGAUGCCCCGGAACCCCUCAGUGCCCACCCUCAGCCCCUGUCCCGAAGUUCCUCCAGCCUGCUGGGCGAAGGCCGGGGGCAGAGGCCCGAGUAUCGCGAGAGGGCCAGCAGCGCUGUAUGUCAGGCCCAGCUGGGCGAGGCCAGCACCGGCGCCCAGGUCCCGGAGGCGGAGGGGCAGCAGGCUGAGCGCGUGGAGCGGGCACGGGCCUCCAGCCCCCAGCCGCAGCCCAGUGCCGUGGGCCACUGGCGUAGCAGCACUGUGGGCAAUGUGUCCACCGUGGCUGGUAGUGACCUGUGUCACCCGCGGGACCCCAGCGCCGCCGCUGUGCAGAGGAGCCACUCGGACCUGGCUCGCAGCACCCAGACCCGGGGCCACAGUGGUGCUCAAAAGGCCAGCCUCAGCUGCUCAGCCCUGGGCAGCUCGCCUGUUCAUGCGGCUCAGCUGCAGCCCAGCAGCACCUCUGGCCAGAGUGGCCAGACCCCUGAAGGCUUGGAAAGGGACCUGGCUCCGGAGGACAAGACUUCAAACUCAGCCUGGACACUGGAGAGUCAGGUGUGGGUGCCACCAGCUGCCUUGGGAGGCACAGUGACCCACAGCAGCAGCCCCAAAGCCACCAGCCAGUCGGCCACCACCUCUUGCCAUGCUUUGUCUCCGGCAGCCCUGCUCUGUGGCAUGAGGGAGGUGGGGGCCAGCAGCUGCUGCCAUGACUUGCCUGCCCCAGGGAUUCUGGCCUUUCCCAAACUAGUGGCCUCAGUGAGUGAAUCUAGGCUGCAGGCUCACCAUGGGGUGAAACUCCAAUGUAGGUUUUCUGGGGGGCUUCCUGGGCACUCCCACUGCUGUGCCCACCCUUGGGGUCCCACAGGGUUAGCCAUGGAGCCUAGUGCCAGGACCAAGGAUAUGUGGACCAUGACCUCAGCAAGUGACUUGGCCCCAGUCUUGGCUUCCCCUCUGUCAGCCCAGGAUGCUGGUGUGCAAGCAGCCCCCAAGGCAGUCUGCAAGGCAGUGGCCACUAGUCCGCCUCUGGAAGCCCCUGUGGCCCUGCACGUGUUCCCGGAGGUAACUCUGGAGCCCAGCCUGGCAGAGGCGCCAUCUCCUGUGCGGGACGUACGAUGGGAUGCCGAGGGCAUGACGUGGGAGGUGUACGGAGCUGCAGUGGACCCGGAGGUGCUCGGUGUGGCCAUCCAGAAGCACCUAGAGAUGCAGUUUGAGCAGCUGCAGCGCGCCCCUGCCAGUGAGGACAGCCUGUCUGCUGAGGGCAGGAGGGGGCCGCUUCGAGCUGUCAUGCAGUCCCUGCGGCACCCCAGCUGCUGUGGCUGCUCCAGUGCAGCCCCUGAGUGAGGAGCUGCAGCCCCUGGAGCUGCCCGGGGUGCAUGGACUCAGCCCCAGGGACAGUGGAGUCCCCAGGCUCUUUGGAUCCACAGGCACCCACCGACAUGGCUCUGUCCUCUGCUGCCCGCAGAUCAUAGGACUGCAGCCUGGGCGUUCCCUGCCCCUGGCAGUUGGGCUAGUUUAUAAGGGCUUGAUUCCCAAGAGCCACGUGUGGGCUCUGAACUUUGGGACAGUUUCAACACUGUGCAUAAGGGGGAUCCUGACUUCUCUGUAAAAACCCCUGACCUUCUAUCCAGUCUCUGUUCAGAACUCUG